AUGUCUCCAGAGAAGGGCACGAUAGAAUACGUCCAGCCGCUGGAAGAACCGGAUCUUAGGUUUCGGGACUCCGUGGAAAAGCCCAGAUUCGAGGACCCUGAUUCUGUUCUGACCGCAGAACUACUGACCACAGACUCGUUUCCUGAUAUCGACAGAAAGAAGCUUCUUCGAAAGCUUGACCUCAGGCUACUCCCCAUAUUCACUAUCUUAUACCUUCUAAGCUUUCUUGACCGAGGAAACAUUGGAAAUGCCAAAAUCGAGGGCCUUGCAGAGGACUUGAACCUAGAGGGUAACCAGUAUAACCUAUGCCUCACCAUCUUCUUCAUCUUCUAUGCGGCGAUGGAGAUUCCGUCCAACAUGAUCUUGAAAAGAUGGAAGCCCAAUAUCUUUGUUCCACUUACGGUUGUUCUUUUCGGUGCUGUUGCGGCUUGUAUGGGUACAGUGAACAACUAUUCCCAGCUCAUGGCCACUAGAGCGCUUUUAGGUGUGUUCGAGGCAGCUUUGUUCCCCGGUAUCUCUUACAUUUUGUCCAUGUACUAUAAGAAGACCGAGUUGCUUGUUCGUCAAGCGGUGUUUUUCUCGGCUGGUUCCAUUGCAGGUGCCUUUUCGGGUCUCUUGGCUGCUGGUAUUUCUCAGAUGGACGGUGUUGGUGGCUACGAAGGAUGGAGGUGGAUCUUUAUUCUUGAAGGUAUCUUCACCUUCUUGUUUGGCAUACUUUCCUUCUGGUGGUUUCCUAGGUACCCAAAGAAUGCAGCGUUCUUGACAGAAAGAGAACGUGAAUUCGUUCAAUGGAAUGUUCACAACCUGACCAACGAUGUCAAGACACAUCCAAAUGCACCAAAAGGUGAAGACACCUCGAGUGACCGCAAAUUCCUCUGGGCAGUUUUUAAGGAUCCAAACUGCUGGUUCAGACUCUUUUCCCAUAUGGGUAUCCUUCUCCCACUUUAUGGUAUCUCGCUCUUCACUCCAACGAUUAUCAGAAACUUGGGCUAUACCGCUACUACUGCUCAAUUGCUAAGUGUUCCUAUCUACGUGUUGGCAGCAAUAUUGAGUGUUGUGGAGGCCUUCUUAUCUGAUUGGACUGGACUUAGAACACCCUUCCUUGUGUUUAACUACAUUUGCAUGAUUGUGGGAUUCGUGGUGUGUAUUUCACUUGACCCUAGAGUUAAUCCUCAGGGUAUAUACGUCGGUAUUUACAUCUGCGCCAUUGGGUUAUACCCUGCUACCUCAGUUUCCAUUGUCUGGAACUCCAAUAACUUAGCUGGUACAUAUAAGAGAGCUAUUGGCAUUGGGUUCCAGAUCGGGUUGGGUAACUUCAGUGGUGCAUUUGUGUCCAACUUUUACCGUGAUCAAGACAGCCCUCGUUACGUAAUGGGCCAUGGCUUGACGCUCGGGUUUGUUGGGUUAGGUGCUGUGGCAUUACUGUGUGGUAUACUUAACCUUAGGUGGAGUAAUGCUAAGAAAAAGAGAGCCAUUGAGAGUGGUGAGUUUGAUGGAAUGACGGACGAAGAGCUCCUCAAGAUGGGUGACAAGAACCCUUACUUCGUCUAUAGGUUGUAG